CCCAAACAUCCCAAGUCGCCAACCAUGAGGAGGGAUCUCACUGCUGGUCGAUGAGGGGGAGCGAUUGGUCGAAUGGAAAUGGGAAAUAGAAUAGGGUUUGGGAUUUUCACAAAAAGGCCAUACUUUCCCUCUUUAUUAGUUGUUUUGGGCGUCGCCCACCAGAGUGAAAACUCGCCUCCGAGUGCCUAGGUUAGGGGUGGGCAACGGGAAACGGGUAUUUGGGUAUACCCAUACCCGUCCCGUUUUUUAAGGGUUACGGGUACCCAUAUUACCCGUAAUAUUAUGAACGGAUGGGACUUGGGAUUGUACAUUCCUAAUAUGGGUACCCGCGGGUUACCCGCAAAUACCCGUUUGGGUAAUGUGGGUACCCGUUUUACCCAUUUGCGAACUCUAAUCCAUAGAAAGGGAAUGUCCACUUCGCCACAAAGAUGAAACUUUUCUUAGUAAAGAAACAAAGAACGCUAUGUGAACAUAAUACUUGUAGACUCCCUUUUGUUAAAUGAAACUUCUUAUUUGAUAAUUUGGUGCUUAGAAUGAUUUAUUUCUAUGCGUUGUGAUUGUUCAUGAUUUGUGUUGAAUGAAACUUCUUAUUUGAUAAUUUGGUGCUUAGAAUGAUUUUUUCUAUGCGUUGUGAUUGUUCUUGAUUUGUGUCUUGUGAUUGUUAAGCAAGUACAAGUUAAGUUUAAACUUUUGUUAAAAUUUGAGUGGUUUAAACUUUGGGUAUUUAUGGGUAGUAUGGGUACCCGUUAUCCGUCCCGUACGGGUAAUGGGUACCUGUUUCCCAUAUAGGUUUGGGAUAUGGGAUGGACUUUGGCCUCCAAAUGGGACUGGGUACCCGUUUAAAACGGGACGGGUAUCCCGUCCCGUCCCGUUGCCCACCCCUAGCCUAGGUGCCUAGAUCAAUCGCCCAGGGCUAGACGGGGCGAUUUCCUCCUGCCCAGCUAUUAAUCGCGCCUAGGCGAGAGAUUAAUCGCGUCUUCUUGAACACUGGUUUUAGGAAGUAUUUUGACCCAGGUCUCUCUAGCUGCAUCUUCUUUUACUUGUAAUUCAAGACAUGCUGAGAGAUGAUGGAAAUUGGUUAUUCACACCAUUGCAUGACUUUGUUAACUGAAACUGAUAUGCAACUGAAGUUCCUCAAGAGAACCCUGCGCUCAUCAUUUGGUAUAGAAAGACGUCUAUUAGGAAAUGCAUGUCUGCAUGCGCCACAAAUACUUGAUGCAGCUAGCUAUGCUAAAGCAAUGCUACAAAGUGAACUCAUGCUCUUACUGUUGGAAACCAAGUCAUUCCUUGAAUGCAUGUUUCACUUUAUCCUCCGGAUAUUCUACGAUAUUCAAUAGUAUGAAUUUCGUUUGCAGGUGUAGCCUCGUGGAUCUGAUGGUGGAGAUGGACAGAAUACUGCGACCAGAAGGAACAGUGGUGAUUCGCGAUUCUCCUGAGGCGAUAGAGAGAGUGGCUCGCAUAGCGAAUGCUGUUAGAUGGACUGCUACGAUACAUGAGAAAGAACAGGAAUCUCAUGGGCCACAGAAAAUACUGGUUGCUACCAAGAAUUUCUGGACACUCACUUCAGCAUCUCACUGACUUGACACUCGUUUCUUCUCUUUUCAAAAUCUUUUUAUAUGAUGGGGUUUACUCUUUUCUUCAGGUAGCCUAGCUAUAAUUAAUUCGUCUUUUUACAUCCCUCGUCUCUUUUUUUUGGUCUCGGUUCGUAAUUUCCUGUAAGAUGAAUGAAGAUGAGGAUGAUGCCAAAACGUGGCUGUAUACUCCACCAAGUCAAAACAGGGGCAAGAAGAUCAGAUUCAGAUUGGUACCUUAUGCCCACAAGUUAGGGAAGAGUGAAAAGGGUAUAUGGGAAGCAGAAGUAGGACACAUUCCCAGCUCACAAAAUUUGUGGUUGGAUGUUUGAUAAUUGAUGAACGGGUAUGGGCCUACGACGGGUAUUUGUCAAUGCAUUCACUUAAAAGAAUUUCAACAUUCGUUCUGACACAUUCCUCCCCGCCCAGUUGCUAUUGUUCAGCAUCAGAGGACUUUUCGACAAAGUUGGGUUAGCGAGUUGCAGUUGCUGCAGGGACCACACCAAUGUUGAAAUGAGCGGAUGAGUCAUCUCUAAGGGCGGUGUAGAUAUCUCAAUCCUCGUUUCACUCGGAGCAGGGCGGGCGGGUUAUAUCGUAGCAAGAUAUGAUUAAUGAUAUGUAAUUUUAAUGAUAUAUACAUAUGUAUAUAGUUAGGGUUUAUAACCCGAACAAAAAAAAAAAAAAGUUUCAGUUGAAU